AAAGUUACUUCCUUCAAUCCUCUCACAGAAACACCAUCAUCUCCAUUACUUACCGUGUGAUACUCUGCGAACUUUAAACCACAGACUGUGCAGACUGUAGCUGAUAUGAGGAAAUACUCAUUCCUAUACAUUCACAGUGGAACAGCAGAGCAGACUGGUCGUUAUUCUGACAGUUUGUUUCUCGUAACAGAUAUCAGAUAACUGAGCUCGCGACAACAGGAAACGAGAGGGAGCGCGCGCCUCUGACAGAAGUGAAACCUGCCUCCAUGGAGGUGAAGCUGCUUUUCUCCUGACAGGUUCGUUUUUAUUUCAACUUUAAAUUGUCCUUCUUACCUUUAAUAUAUUCAGCUCAUGACUUGGAUAAAAGUUUUAGUGUUUACUAAGAAAAUAGCUUUAAACACAGUUAACUGGCAUCCAUCCAUUUCAGUGACAGAAAUCAUAUUUGGUGUCAAACAUUUGCGUUUAUUCCUCAUUCAACUCUCACACUUAAAAACUACUUUAACCCAACAAAAGGCUGUUUAGUCUCAUUUAUUACUCUGACAGUGAAAUUAUGUUUUUAAGUGCACCAUUUGCUUUAAAUUCAAAUGUAUUUAGACUUCUCUAUCUAACUGUAUCUGUAUUCUGCCUCUUUACAGGUACUUCAUCUCAAUAUACAAAUAAUUUUUUAACAGACUUUAAACCUUUUAGGCAACUUCAGAGCCUUUUUUCAGAUUGUCAGUGUUAUUUUUUUAUUUUUAUUUAUUGGCAUCUUUUGUUUGAUAUUUUGCUACAAGGGAAUAAUAUAGAGCCUAGUUUUUAAUUUUAAAGAUAUACACUUCAUUUUUUGAACCUUGAAAUAGAUCUAGAGUCGCAGUGUUUAAACUGUCUGAUAUUUUGCUGAAAAUAUGUCAACCAUAUGUCAGUAAUUUAAAUAUUCAAGUUCUCUUUUUAUUUGGACAGCUGUUGAUUUUAAAGCAUUAUUAUUGUGACUUUGCUACCAUAAUUAGACAAACUUCUUAGUGUUUCACCAGCUGGUUUUCGUAAAGCAUUUUCCAAAAUGUCAAAGAGUGUGACAACAACUUCAGGCCAAAUGAAAAAGGGGACUGACACAAAAUGCUGAAUAUCAAUAUAUUUUAGAGUGAUCUAGAGUCCCAGUGUCCAAACCGUGUGAUAUGUUGCUUGUAAUAUGUCAAACAUAUGUCAGUAAUUUCAAUAUUUAAAUUCUCGUUUUAUUUGGACAGCUUUUAAUUUUAAAUCAUUAUUAUUGUGACUUUGCUACCCUAAUUAGACAAACUUUUUAGUGUUUCACCACCAAGCCUUGUCCAAGAUGUCAAAGAUUACAAGUUUUGAGUGUGACAACAACUUCAGGCUAAAAUGCUGCAUAUCGAUACAUUUUAGAGUGAAAAUACUAAACCAUAUUUCAUCAUUGUGUUGCUGUAGCUUAGGACCUGCCAUGCUCUGGAUGUGUGAUCUGUGAUCUGAGAAGAUGGAGAGCCCGGCGUCCACAGUGAGGCGACGAGCCUGGAUUAACAGCAGCCGGCAAUGGCUCACUCUGGAGGAUCCAGACCCUGAAGGACCACCGCACUGCAGCCUCCCGUCUACAUCCAUCACAGAUGAUGAUGUCUUUUCUGAUGGUAAGUGAAGAAUAUAAGUGUGAGGAAUUGCAGAACUUAAUUGUGUGUCCAGUAUGAUUUAAAGUGGAUUUUAAGGAAAUAUUGAGAGUCUGAAUCUAGUUUAUCAUCAACCAAGUAUGUGUCAUAGAAAAACAUUAAAAAUAACCUGAAACUAAAUACUUGAAUGAUUUAUUUCCUUGUAGAAAAACUGAAUAACUUCAACACAGUGGGAGGUUCCUUUUUUACAGCAGAAUAUUUCUAAUCUUUGAAUUUACUGUUACGAUGAUUGAUGAGUUUAAUGUAUUGUAAAUAGAAAUUGAGAGUAAUCUUACCAUACAUCUCCUCAAACAAAUUUAGCCAGCCCUACAUGCCCCUUGCUUCUAAACAAAGAAAUAUUAUGUACUCAUGAUUGUAAACAUAGAUAAUAAAUUCUAUUGCAUGUUGUAACACUGUUGAAUGUCAUUUCACAUUGGAAAAGGAGUAAAAAAAACAUUAAAAUCUGUCUAAUCUGAUUGAGAGUUACUCACAAAGCUAAGUAUUGCACAUGUUUGAUCUCCACAGGAUGUUUCACAGGAAAGAUUGAGACUUGGCUCAUGGGCUGUGGGUGAGUCAGCUUGCCUUACUACUGUUUUUAUGUAAGAUGAUGUUUUUUUUUUAACAUUGACGCUUAACUGCAAGGUGUUAGUCAGUCUCUGGAAACUAGUUCAACAAACAUUGAGUAGAAAGUGGAAACUCUCUAAAGCCAGGUGUUCCAGGAAGACAGUGCGGUGAAGUCGGUGCAGUUUUGUGUUUGCAACAAUGGCCUCAGAUGAUGACUCUUUUAUGGCUGCCUUGGAAAAAAAGGAGCUUAUUUUAGUUCUUCAAACACUUAUGUCAGAGUUACGUGAACUGACUUAUUUUGAAGUGGCAUGUUUUACCCUCAGGAGAUGUGUCGCUGUUAAAUGACACUGAUGAUGGUGUUCAGGUCAUUGCACGCAUGCAAACCUCUUUUAAAGGAAAUGUUGGUUAUAGUGAGAAAUGUCAAGAUGACAGUGGGAACAUUUACAUAACUCUUUGACCUUUGAAACAUUUGGAAUGAACUGUUCAGUAUCCUGCAUAAAACUGAAUGUAUUAAAAGGGUAAUUUUAUCUCUUCUUUCAGUCAUAGAAGAGGAAGCUGCACUCAUGUUGUCAGUAGUUUACUAUGAAAAUUAUAACAACAUCUAAAUAGUUUCUAACACCAGAACAGAGGACAGUGAAAGGAGUGGUGUGAUAGCUUUUGCAUUCUGUAAACUCACGAAAAUGACCAGAUGGGUGUGGAAGUGUCGACCAGAGUGCUGAUCAGCCUGUGAACAUCUCCACAGAAGGAAGUUGACAGACCUCAACAGCAUGUUGAGAGCUGAUUAGAGGAAAUAUCUGACUCCAGCUUCUCAUGAGCAUACACUGUAUCGAGGCCACUUUCAUAUUCCCGCUAAGGCCUUAUCUAUGCAAAUGCAAUUGCUUAUUUGAAGAAUAAACUGGUUGUUACGCUGAAGUGGAUGCGUGAUUGAUAAUGGGCUGUAAAUUUCACAGGUCAGGUGCGCAGACAGAAAACAGUGGCCGGCUGAGUUUUGGUGAGUAUACACAGAGAUAGACUUACUUUGAAAAAACAUGCACUGUCAACCAAUUUCCUUAUCUAUGAUGCACUUAACAUAUUGACUUUUUGAAUGCAGUAAAUGCAAAUUAACACAAAUGUGACAAAUAAAGGAAGUUUUAUCAUACACUGCUUUGAGUGUCCAUACUAUUCCCACAGUGCUGAAGCAGGUACCCUGAUCCUUUACUUUAGUCAAAGUAGCAUUACUCUGAUAAAUAUAUGUAUAUAUGCAUAUAAAGAUCUCUCCAGUAAUGUAAAAUUUAGAGGCAUAAUAAGUGCAAUAUAAAUCGAUACCAUGCCCAACAACAAUACGUUAGGUAGGAACAAUAAGAAGCAAUAUAAAAUGAUAUAAAAUGAUACCAUACAAAAAUAUAUGAUACAAUACAGUACAGUAUAACACAAUAUUAUAUGAUAGGGAAUAAUUCAAUGCCAUUCCAUAUGAUACCUUUUGGUACAAUACAAUGCUCUUUGUACGAUACCAUAUAGUAUCACCACUUUUUUAAAUAUAUGUACGUAGUGCACGCUUGGGUCUGACUUGGCACUGCUGUAUAGUUUAUAGAGGUAUUUAUUUUAGUAUUUAUUCAUUUUUAUCAGGCUUUUGUUGUAUCUAAUCAUGUCCUUAUCUUUCAUUGUACCACUUUUAAAUCAUGUUUCAUUGGCCUUUACUGUGUUUGUUGUGCAUCUGGUGUUGAGUCUGUUUUUUUCUGAUGUCUCCAUGCUGUUUGUUGUCUAUAUGAGGCUUCUUGCAAAUAUAAUAUAAUAAUACUGCAUCACACUCCCAUACAAUACAGUUUGAUACGAUACAAUACAAUAGGACACAGUAAGGUAGAAAACAAUGCCAUCCCAUUUGACACACUUUGGUAUCAGUUUAGUACUCUUCCAGACUUUAUGAUACAAUCAGUGCAAUACAAUAGGAGUGAUACCACAUCAUACUACUCAGCACAAUAUUAGACUGUUGAUGAAACCAACAUUUAAAUGACUUUUAUUAUGACUGUGCCCUUUUUUGCAGAGUCUGUGCUGAAAGCCAACAAGUUUGACGAUGAGCUGAGUCUUGGUGCAGAUGGUGAGCACACACACACACAAACACACACACAGGCACGCACAUACACACACAGGCACUGUCAAAACAAUACAAAGCAGGAAGUGUCCUCGUAGGAAAAUGAGGUGGUAUCAUGCACAAGCUUAAGUCAGCUUUGUUUGUAAAAGCAGGGACAAUGACACAUGUGACCCUUCUGUGCAAAUCGGCUGUGCCUGUCAUCAGGUAGUCUUCAGCCUAGAGGGGGUGUUGUUUUGAAUAUAUAAAAUGUACUUUAACAAUGUUGCCUAUUAGGGCCACACAAACAACAGUUAGGUCAGACAAGAAAGAAAACUUAUCCCUUUAUGGUAGUAAAAAGUGUCUUGAAAAGAUGUGGUGAUGUAAAUUAAAAUAUAAAAUUGAGUUCAUAAAUUAAAACAGACACAAGGGUAAAAGUCUGUAAAUCAAUGUUAUGAUGCAUAUGAACAUGGUCCUCUGUGUUUCAGCCUCUGAGUUAAAUGGCGGAGAAGUUACAUCUAAAACUAGGUAAGUUUUAACUGUCGUGAUCUGAAAUCAUGUUCAGAUCUCACAGCUUUUUGUACAUAAUUAUAUGUUUCAAUGAAAUAUUUUUUUAUUAAAAAAUCUGAAUUUUUUGAUAAAUUCAAUAAUAAUAAUAAUAAAAUUUGAAUAAUUUUUAAAAAUUAUUUUAAAUUUAUAUAUAUUCUUUUCUAGUCAGCUUUCUAGACAGGAGUACCGCUCUUCACAUGUUUAAACCUCAAGGGCACUAAAGCUGAUUCUUAUGAAAUGUUUUCCUCUUUUACCCAACUCUGUUGACGAUAAAGCCUUGAACGGCAGCCUUCCUCCAAACAAGGCCUCAGCAGAGUCACCAGCAGGUUAGAGGUCAACCUUUUCCUCAAAUCAAUAAUACUGCAUGUUUGUAAGUUGUCAAGAAUGUUUCACGUGUCUUGCUUCGUCCAGUACCCCUCGUCAGAAUCUACAUCCGCCUUCGCUGAACCUGGGCCAAAGCAUGGCCUCCAGCUGCCUCUCCUCGUCCACCUGCAAAUCCACAUCAAGGUGAGUCUUAAGAUAAUUUUGUCUAAGCAUCGUCCUUUCUCUGUUUCAUUCUUUGAUUUCAUGUGUACCUGUUGGCCCCACAUUUCCUUGUUUUGUAAAUCUUGUUCCUCCUUUAUUAAGGACACUUAAAUAUGACAAUUUUCACUAAAACUAUCUAAGAGUUAAAUAGCUAUAACCAAUAACAACUCCUCUAUUCUAUUUAAUCCAAUCUCGUGCACACCAGCGUGGCAGAUGUCCUGCAGAUGUGUUCAGAAGAUGCCGAGGAGACACUCUACCAGCUGGGUUUUGGCAGCGACGAGCCGCAGGUUACCGUCCGAAUCCCUCCUCGCUUCUUCACCUUUCCUUCUCUGGCUCAGGGCAUCAACUUUCGCCUCUUCCUGGACUCACAGCUGCGGCGGAUUCGAGAGGAAGAUCCUGGCCUUUCUCUUGCGAGUAAGUCAUUGAAUCAAUCUACUGUGUCUCACUCAUGCAAGACGAUUUGUAAAACGAUCCUCUUCUGUCAACUCUCCAGGUCGUUUCAGACAAGUUCAAGUGCUCACGGCGAUGGCCAACGCUUUCUACUCCCUGUACUCCCACGUGUCUCGCACUCCUUUGCAAAAACUCGCAACGCCGGAGUUCACCUUCUCCUCGUCCCCUGUGGAGCGGAUUGAACGGUUCAGGAGCAACAUCCGCAGUGAGCCGCGUUCUCCUGUGGAAAGACUCAAAGAGACUGUUUCCAAGAUGUGUCUUUACACCGGCUCUCCUCGUGGGUCAGACUCCACUUCUCCUCAGCCCUCGCCCAGGAAGAGAUCCAGCCUGCCGGAUGUGGUGGAAAUUGUCCUGGAUAAAGUCAAAUCUGGGGCGACAAAGAAACUGGAUUUAGGGGAAUAUAGCACGGGUAAUUCAGCUGUGGACGCUCAAUUGUCGACUGAUGCUGAUGAGCCCUGCCAUCGAGGGGAACAGGGACUAACACAGCACAGUGCAGGGGAUAAAACAGAUCUGGAAUAUGACAAUAAACACUGUCAAGAGGAGAUGCAGGGUAGUAAACAAUCUGCUGAAAACAGUAUCACAGCAGCAGAUCUUGACAGCCAGACUCACUGUGAAAGAACAUCUUUAGCGUCAUCGCUGUCAGGAGAAACUGUGAUAGAAGCAGAUCAUCAGUUUCUGUCACGAUCGGCUCAAAGUGACACAAACACUGCUAAUCUGGAACCCGUUUCCAAGGUUACAUAUGAUCUAAUCUGCCCACGGAUAGUGGAGAGUGCACACCAGGCUCCUUUCUGCACAGAAGCUCUUCAAACGAACACUUUACCACUUAUCUGCUCUGAGUCAGAAAGCGUAGAUAGACCCAGUGCUGGAUCACAAAAAGCAGAUUCUGGACCUAAUGAGGAUUCGACAACAGAUGCGUCCAGAUCGCUUCCUCACGAUGAAAGCCAAACCAAGUGCUGCAUCACUGUGACCGGCUGGGAGGGGGAAGAAGUUGAGUCAUGUCCCCUCAAUGCACCAGAGUCCUGUCAUAUUUCAGCUGUCCAACCUGUCCAGACCUGCGGGGAGUCAUACAUUGAGGGAAAAAGUCAAUACCUGAAGCCACAUCAGGGUCAGGGGUUGGUCUCCAGCACCCUGCCACAAGUUAACUCCUUUGAGCUGGAAGAGGUAUGGUGGAAAAAGAGCUGUGCAUGUACAGUGUGAUUGGAUUUCAGUGACUUGUUGAUAUUGUGAAACACACUCAUUUCAGCAAUAGAUAAUUUACGGCAUGCCCCUUAACCAAUGCCAAAGGUGUUGAAAUUAUUUAGAUAUGAUUGUAGACCAACAUUUUUACGACACACGCCAACAAAGCAAUAAUCAUAACCGCCAAAAUUUUAUGGGUAAAAAGGCUCAUAAAUCACAAGAGCAAAUCCACGAUACAAAAUAAUUCCUACUCCACCUAACUGGCAUAGAAGUCUCCUACUCUAAUUAUAUUCAAAUGUAAUGGUUAACAGGCCUACAUAUUAACAUAUCAAGGUCAGGUAUAUAUAAUGCAUUAUCUAUGUCGGCAUUGUCAGUGAGUUGUUGACAGUUAUAAUACCUGACCUAGUAAGUCAUGAUAAAAUGCUUUAUAAUGUGUUAUGACUAUUGCUAUAAAGCAUCAUGAUCAUUUAUGAGUGUUUAUAACUGUAGUUAUACAAUGCUAUAACUUGAUUAUAACGCAUUAUAAAUAUAUUUAUGCAUUAUAGAGAUAGGUGUCAAAUAAAGUGUUAUCAACAUAUCAAACAAACUAUAAUGGCCUCUAACAUCGGUUGGGCUUUUAUUUUGAAAUGUUUGAUAUGACUUUCACGGCAUGUAAUUAUCACGCUGCUUUAUUUAAUUUCUUAUGAUAGAUAUAAUUUUUUUAAACUUUUAUUGUUUAAAACCAAAAAAGAGAAAACCCGAAAAAUUGACCUGAUUUUUUUUCCUUUCUAAUAUUCAAAUGUAUUGGAAAAAAAUUAAAAGACUGGAAAUCACUCAUAGAAUUGGAGCCUAUGAGCAGAGGUGAAAAUUUCAUGAUCAGUUAUGAAACAACAAUUUCAAACCUAUUUAGAAAGCCCGAUCGGUGAGUGCUGUGUGGGGUCAGAGUACCUUUGAAGGAUCAGGUGCUCUUCAGAAGGAGGACGAACAAUGUCUUUUUAAAAAUAGGAGAGCAGUUGACAUUAUUUCAGCACAAUAAAGAAUUUUUAUUUGCAUCAGAGUGCCUCAGACCUCUGGUUUUGACUUUAAAGGCAAGUCACUGCUCUCCUAUUUUCAAACUUAUUUGCUCUGUAGUGUAAAUGAACCAAUAAUAUGAUAAUUUAACACAUGUGCAGCCAUAGUUUUAACCAUCUUGCAUUAAAUUGUUGAGAAAAUAUCGAAAGCAGACAUGAACUUCAAACAGUAUAAAUUUUUUGCCUUCAUAGGUGCACAGCGCAGGAGAGGAAGAUGUUGGACAGUCACUCCUAACUGGAACGUGUGCUUCUCCAUUGUCUGAAAAAUGGCAACACAAAGGUAAAGCAGUAUUCAGCAUAUGAGAGGGAUCAAACUGCUGACCCGAUCAACAAGUAACAGUCAGUUUUCACAUAGUUGAUGCAACUGUCUAUGUGUGAAAACAAUUAUAACACUCUAAGAAGGCGUUUGGCUAUUUAUGAGAACUGACAAACACAUUUUUGUGGGAAAUAACUGCUUAGAAAAACUUGUUUGACUCAGGGGUUCACUGCAUUUCUUGUAACAGGGUCAGUGUUGACAUGUGAGGAAUGUAGCGCUUAAGGAUGUAUGUGUAAGCAGGUCAGUGUGCAGGUGUAUUUAUAACAAGUAGAGUACUGUUUGUAUAUUCAGGUCAGGCUGCAGCUGCACAUGUUCAGUGUUGUACAGUGUAUGGAGAUGAAGUCUGUGUUUGUGUCUGUACGUGCAGGUGAAGUGGUCCGAGGCGACAGUGUGCAGUCAGACAGCAGCGGCUAUGCGGAUGAAGAAGUCAGCCUGACAUCUAAUACACACGGCAGAUGACGGACAACAACACAGAAGCCCAUAAAAACUGCAAUCAUACAUGAGCUUCCUCCCUGUUUACACCCUGAACUUGUUUCUUCAACUGUGGAUUUAUAAAGCGGAUCUUAGCAAACGUGAAAAAGCUGAAACUGACUGAAAUCAAUCAUGAUGCCUCUUUAAGACCUGCAGAGACUAACCAGACCAACAGGAAGAUUUUUUUAAUUUAUAUUUUUCAAUCUUUAUUUAAUUUUUAACUUAGUCCAGAGGGGGGCACCAAGAUGUUCACACAAAAAAAGUUCCUUAUAGGAGCUUUAAGCUGUCAAAGGCUUGAAUGUACAUAAACCAAACCAAAGAUUCUGUUUAAUAAAAGUUUUAAAACUAUUCAAA